AUGGCUAGACCUGUAAGAGCAGAAACAUUCUGUGAUUGUGUAAAAUUUGGUAAAGAGAAAAGCUGUAAAUGUGGAGAAGAUGACCAAUAUUUUGAUUGGGUAUGGGAUGAGAAGAGUAAGUCACCUGCAAGUCAACUGAUUGAUAAUGGUAAAGAAGUGGUAUUUCAUUUAGAUUAUAGUUGUGGUACUGCUGCUGUCAGAGGAACUAAACAGAUGGUCAAAGACCAGUAUUUUUGGGAAGUGAAAAUGUCUAGUCCAGUUUAUGGCACUGAUAUGAUGAUAGGUGUUGGAACAGAAUUUAUAGAUUUAAAUAAAUAUCAACACAAGUUCUGUAGUUUAAUAGGUCAAGAUGCUGAAAGCUGGGGAUUAUCCUACACUGGUUCAACACAACAUCGCAAUAACAAAACAAGAUAUUCUAGUAAAUUUGGACAAGGGUCAAUAAUUGGAGCACAUCUUGAUAUGUGGAGAGGAACAUUGGCUUUUUAUAAAAACAGGAAACCUUUAGGUAUUGCCUAUACUGGUUUACAAGGAAAAGUUUUAUAUCCAAUGGUCUCUUCAACAGCUGCUAGAAGUGGAAUGAAAGUUAUAACCAGUCGAUCAUUUAAAACAUCUCUACAGUUUAUGUGUUGUCAGACUUUACGUAGGAUCAUUCCCCAUCAUUUAAGUGUGUUAGACACUGUGAGCUUACCGCCAGGACUUCGUGAAUUUUUAUAUAACAAUAUUAGUUGGCUAUUAGAGCCUUGUGCUGAAAACACGUCUGAGUCUCUGAAUCUCAGUGGUGAAAAGAGAAAACUAGAAGAUGAUGAAAAGGUAGAGACAAGUUUCAAAAAAAGAAAAACUUGA